AUGGACACUUCCGCCCUGGUCGUCAAUCGCCUGUUCAGACAAUUGGCUACCCACCGAUUCUGCCAGCAUGCACGGCGCAGUCAGGCUGCUGUACCGGCGCAAUGGCAAUGCCAGAAGCGCCAAUCCUCCACCUUGAAGAGAGACAAGGAAAGCACAUGGCAGCAACGAACCGACCACUUCCCCAGCGACAAGGCAGAAGAAUACAAGAGAUACCCCAAUGUCACGGCAGACCAGCUACGAGGGCGACGGCAGAGGCCGCGGCGAGUCAAGAUGUUGAUGAGGGACUUCAUCGAGGACAGCUUGUACAACCCGCACUAUGGCUACUUCAGCAAAAACGUCACAAUCUUCACGCCCGGGGAACCCUUUGAUUUCAGCAGGAUAAGAGAUGAGCCGGAGUUUUACAAGAUCUUAGGGGAGAGAUACACACAGUUUGAGGACGAGUUGGAUGAGAAGGAGUUCAACGAUGCCAGACAGCUUUGGCAUACCCCAACAGAGCUGUUUCGCCCAUACUAUGGGGAUGCAAUAGCGAGGUACAUGGUGGCCAACUACAAGUUGACUGAAUACCCCUACCACGACCUGGUGAUAUACGAAAUGGGAGCUGGAAAUGGAACCCUCAUGUUGAACAUCCUCGACUACAUCCGCUACGCAGAACCAGACGUCUACGCCAGGACCAAAUUCCGCAUCAUCGAAGUCUCGACCGCCUUAGCAUCCCUCCAAGCCCAGAAAAUCCAAGCCACCGCCUCCAGCAGAGGCCACCACAACAAAGUCGAAAUCAUCAACAAAUCCAUCUUCGACUGGGAUCUCUACGUACCAACCCCCUGCUUCUUCCUCGCCAUGGAAGUCUUCGACAACUUCGCCCACGAUGUCCUACGCUACGACCCGUUUACCGAAGAAGUCAUGCAAGGCUCGGUCCUCAUCGACUCGGAAGGCGACUUCUACGAAUUCUACUCCCGCACCCUGGACCCCGUAGCCUCUCGCUUUCUCCGCGUGCGCGACGCAGCCUGUCAAGACAGACCAUACCCACACCCGUUACGCCAAUCACGCCUGAUGCGCUCCCUCCGCCACCGCCUCCCCUUCGCCCCAAACCUCUCCCUCCCAGAGUACAUCCCCACGCGCCUCAUGCAAUUCUUCUACAUCCUCACCUCCAAAUUCCCCGCCCACCGCCUCAUAACCUCCGACUUCCACUCCCUCCCGCAAGCAAUUCCCGGCUACAACGCCCCCGUGGUCCAAACCCGCUACCAGCGCCGCACCGUCCCCGUCACCACCCCCCUAGUCCAACAGGGCUAUUUCGACAUCUUAUUCCCGACAGAGUUCGGCGUCAUGGAGGACAUCUACCGCGCGGUGACGGGACGCUUGACGAGGACGAUGACGCACGAGGACUUCUUCACGCGCUGGGCGUAUGUGGAGGAUACGAGGAUGAGGAGUGGGGAGAAUGCGCUGUUGGGGUGGUAUAAGAAUGCGAGUGUUAUGGUUACCGUGUGA